AUGACAUCGGUGGGGUCUUCUUCUGAACAUGUCAUCAUCAUUGUUCUAUGGAAGUACCGUUUGAGUUUGUACCAAUGGAAGCGAAGAGAUGAUGUCAAGAUUAUUGUCGUGGCGCCUCCACGGAUGUUGGUGGAUGAGACUAAUGUGGAUGUCUACUAUCAAGUGGAACCUCCGAUCCGUGACCACGACCACUGCCUGUUGAUGCAUAAAGUUCGCGAGCUCUGUUCAAUUUUCUCGUCAAAGAACCCGAAAUUAGUAGUUUUUGAAAGGUCCCUUCAACGUCCGAUUGCACAAAUCCGAAGGGAUAUGGAAGUGGAUGGAUUCAGACCGGAACAACUUUUGCAUUUCGUUCAUGCGGAAGAAGCAAUUACAAUGAGAAACGGAUUAGCGGCAAUCAGUCUGAGACAGUGCUCGUUGUCCGGAACACCACAACCUGAUUCAUGGGCUGAAGCAGUCAGGAAUCAGAUUGGCGGGUUCCCAGCAGUUGUUCGCCCUCUACGUCAUCACUGUGCUCAUUCCGUGGGAUUCAUUCGAAAUGAAAACGAAUUCAAGAAUUGGUUCAGACGAAACUCAAGUGUCCAUCGCAACGAACAUUAUGUGGUACAAGAGUACGUAGAUGAUGGACAUGAGUUCAAUGCUGUCUGCUCUUCAGCUGAUGGAAUUCUUGGUUGUAUUUCUGCAAUCGAAACCCAUCGUUCAGUUUUGGAGUGUAUUCAAAACCAACAACCCUAUGCUCUAGAGUAUUUGUCUGCCAAUCAGACAAGAGAUAUUUUCCCGGGGCUCGAAUCGUUUUGUAUUCAGGUGAUCAAAAGCAUAUUUCCAACAUCGUAUCUUGGUUUGAUCUUCAUCCGGGGAUAUUAUAAAGAUCACAACGAGAUAUUCUUCCUUGGAUUUGGCCUCGAGCCCGAUAGUGAAACAGCUCGACUUCUUUAUGCGCUUCCGCAGAGUAAUCCAUGGGAAGUCUUGGCGUUGACUGCCCAACUAGGACCACAACGAGAAGAUACAUCUGCCAUCGACAACAACUACCACUUGGUGAUAAACUUUCCAUCUGGUGAAGGCGUCUUGAUACACCAGACUAAUAUUUUGAGAAGAGAAAGCUACAUGCGAGUGUCUUGGAAAAGCGCCGAGAGUGCUGAAAUGAAGGAUAGUGAUCACCUGGAUGACAAUGUCCUACAAGUGUUCCUUUGGAAUUCAAACCGAUCUCAACUUCUUGCCGAUUGUAUUGAUAUCAUCAACUCUACUGACAUCACUAUUGACCGAAACGCGUUGAAUGAGAGACAUAGUUUGUGUCGGAAGAAUGUGGCAAAGUUAACUGCAAAGGAGUUAGUCAGAAGCUGCACCACAACCGACUAA